CGCACUAGAAGCGCAGUUCAGUCGCCAGCAGCGCGGCCCCGCGGUUUCUCGUGUUCGUGUAGCGUAUUCGUGUAGCGUCCGCGAGUGUCGUGAGAGUUUCGUCACUGAGUGAUGCCAGAUUGGACCACUUAACUUCCAUUGAGGGCUCGUCCUGGCGUCCUGUCACGUACACGCGUAAAAUGGCGGGAGCAUUGCAGCAAUUGGUACUUCUGCUUCUGCUGCUCAGCUGCAGCUCCGAGUCGUCGACCUUCAAUCAGCUGGCUCUGAAGACCUUCAGUUUGGAAGAACUAAUUCCCUUACAGCCCGAGUUCUAUCCUGACCGACUCAACGUGCAAUGGGUUUCAGAUACAGAAUACGUACACAGAGAGCCAGGAAGAGGGAUUUUGAAAAAUAACGCGCUUCACCAUACAGUCUCUACUGUUAUAAGUGAGGAAGAAUUGUACGAACUACGUAGAUACAUACCAAAUGCGUUCUCCAGCGACGGGAAGUAUCUACUUUUGGCGUCGAAUACCCAAAAGGUGUACCGGUACUCCACUCUCGCUGACUACUCCAUAUACAACCUUGAAGACAAAUCUGUGAAAAAACUUAGCAGAGGUCCUUUAGCGGCAGUGGAAUGGAGCAAGAAGGGAGCCCUGGCUUAUGUCAAAGACAACAAUGUGUUUUUCGUGGGCGACCCGACGCGGCCCGACGUGGUCACCGCGCUCACCACCGAGGGUGUGCCUGGAGAGAUGUAUUUCGGCAUCACUGACUGGAUAUACGAAGAGGAAGUGUUCGGUGCAGCCGAAGCUUUGUGGUUUUCCCCCGACGGCACCUACCUAGCUGUGGCUUCUUUCAACGACACCAAUGUCGAGUCAGCCGUGUACCCCUACUACGGGAACGCUUCCGACUUCUACUACCAGUACCCUGAGAUGAUCGAGUUCAAAUACCCCAAGGCAGGUCGCGUCAACCCCGUCGUUGGUCUUCGAGUCUACAAGGUGGAUGACCUCACGUGCGCACCCCGGAGCAUCCCAGCACCAGUUGAUGUCGUCGGAGUUGACCACAUCCUGGGCCGAGUGAACUGGGCCACCGACCACAACCUGGUCGUGUUGUGGCUGAACAGGCGACAAAGCGUCAGCAUCUUGGUCAACUGCGACUUGAGAGUGGACGAAUGCACGCUAUUAAAGGAGCACACUGAACCAAACGGUUGGAUUGACAUACAAACGGCAUUUUACAAUUCGAACGGGACGAAGUUGGUCGAGAUUCAACAUUUAUACAAUGGAGAAUCGAGGUUUCCACAUGUGGCUCGAUUCGACUUCGAUACGACUACUACAGAAGAUUUGAGUCCUGGAAAUGCGACGGUUUUGGAACUGCUGGGUUGGAACGAACCGUCCGACACUGUGUAUUACAUAGCGGCCCCCGGAAACGAACCCUGGGCCCGGCAGCUGUGGGCCACGGGGCCCGACGGGGCCGUGCGGUGCAUUUCGUGUAAAGAGCCCUCAUGUCAAAGUGUUGCCGCCAAGUUUUCGCCAGGAGCCAGUUUCGGUGUAGUCACUUGUAGCGCUACCAACAACCCUGCAAAAUCAUUCUUCUAUCAAUGCGUGGAUGACGUAUUUAGACUGGUAAAAGACAACACGAAGCUGUAUCAAAAAUUGAGGACAUACAAACUUCCACUGCCUCUGUACAACACAAUAUAUUUGGAGAAAGAACAAACCAACGCCAACAUCAAACUCUUGUUGCCUCCAGACAUUCAGCAGGGAAAGAAGUAUCCAAUGGUCUUGAGGGUGUAUUCUGGACCUGGUACUGCGAGGGUGAAAAACGGAUUUGAUUUAGAGUACUACCACUUGUAUUUGUCUACAAACCGGAGUUUCAUAAUAGCUGCGAUAGAUGUACGCGGUUCUGGUGUGCUGGGCACGGAGGCUAUGCACGCGGUCAACGACGCGCUGGGCACUGUCGAAAUUACUGACACGCUUUCAGCCAUCAAGACCCUCCUGAAGAUGUACCCGUUCAUCGACCCCAAGCGCGUGGGUGUGUGGGGCUGGAGUUACGGCGGAUAUGCGACCACCAUGAUGCUGAUCAAGGAUACCGAGAACCUACUCGCGUGUGGCGCCGCCAUCGCUCCUGUCACUUCUUGGCUUUACUACGACACUAUAUACACAGAGCGGUACAUGGACACGCCUCAAGCCAACCCCGUGGGCUACCAACAAUCAGACGUGCUGGCUAUGGCGGAGAAGCUGAGGAACCGUAAAUACCUGCUAGUCCAUGGCACAGGAGACGAUAAUGUUCAUUACCAGCACAGCCUGCAGCUGGCUAAGAAGUUGCAGCACGCCGAUAUUGCUUUCCAGCAAGUGAGCUACACCGAUGAGAAUCAUUCCCUGCUUGGAGUCAGCAGACACUUCUACCAUACCCUGGACAAAUUCUGGACAGAAUGCUUUUAUUCAUAAUAAAGGCGCAUCCCGAAAUUGGGUGUAAUAAUAAAUCAAUUUAGAAUCAAAACAUUUUGCCCGAUGUUAUGAAUUAUUUAGCUAAAUUCAGCUUUGGUCAACAUAUUGUGGAACGGUCCAUGGACUGUAACUAAGCAUAUAAAAUUUUCAGAAAAAAGAACUAUAGGUCCAAAGACUUAUAUAAGUCUGUGGUUAUCCCUUUUUAUUGAAUUUUACACUAGAUUUUUAUCUGGAACAGUUGACGAGAUCUGACAAUAAUAAUCUUUUUCGCUAUUUUUAAUGGAAAUGGAAAUACUCUGCUUGAUUAUUAUUGAAAGUGUUUAAUUUCUAAUUUGAAUCUAUGAUUUAUUGAUCUCCUAAAAACAACAACAAUAUCGGGUGAAUAGUAAAAAUGCAUUAAUCAAUUUGGUGCAUCAACGAUGUCCCUCAAAUGAGCUUUGAGCGAUGUACAUAAUGUUUGAGUCGUAAUAUUUAAGCAUAAUAAAUAUAUUUAUAAUUUUA